GUUGGUUGAUAAAAUUCAUUUCCAGGGCAUGAAGAAAGAGGAAGGCUUAGAGCUUGGAAAUUAAAAAUUCUUCAAUUGCGUGAAACCGUUUCUAGCUUUGGCUUGGGAACUCUCGAUCAUAUAGAAAUCUCAAGAACGUUUCGAGCUGCAAUUUUGACUCUGAAACGUUCCUCACCAGAAUUCAGGCUGGCCAGAGCAAUUCGGAAGUGCAAUGGUAGAUAAUUCCGGUAGCGCCGGUACUGUAGAAGGCGACGGCAAAGAUAUAGCCUGCAUUUCAUGUGACCGGCAAGUUUCACUCCACCAGUCUAUGGGUGGCGGCAAAGCGGCUGAUGUUCUACUGUGGAAACAGCGGCAUGUUUCUUUCGGCAUUGUUGUCGUUGCGACCGUGUUUUGGCUUCUUAUUGAGCACUCUGGGAUGCCAUUGCUAACAAUAAGUUCAGAUGUCCUGCUGGUUUUGGUUGUCCUAUUGUUUCUUCGUGCCAACUUCGCUGCGCUUCGUCACAAGCCAAUUCAAACAUUACCACAGCUAGUAUUGUCAGAGGAAUUUGUCGAUAGCGUUGCAGCAUCAUUUCGGGGGAAAAUCAACAAUGCAUUACUUAUGGCUCAUGACAUCACACUUGGGAAUGAUUUUAAACGCUUUUUCAGGGUGGUGAUUUGUUUGUGGCUUCUAUCCGUCCUUGGUAGCUACCUUUCUUUCUUCACCUUUGCAUAUAUCGGAACAAUCAUCUCAAUAACUGUCCCCGCCUUGUACAACAAAUACAAUAAACACGUCGAUAGAUAUUUUGGAAUGAUCUUCCAAGAGUUUAGAAAGCAUUACAAAGUGAUGGAUGAGAGUGUUUUCAGCAGACUCCCUGGUAGUUUUUCUAAGGAUAAGGAUCAAUGAAAAAUGCCGACUAUAAUUUUCUCAAGUUGUACUAAACCACAGGAAAAUUGUAACACUGUUUCAUCCCAAAUGAAUGCCUGGCUAACUGGACUCUUGAAGGCUAUUACUCGGCCGUGUAUUCCUAGGUUUAAUGAUUUGAACCACCCGGAUCAAAUAUCACAGAUUCUUGUUCUUAGUUGCUACAGAAAAAGACGAGGGUUGGUUUGUUUAUCCAUUUCCACUUUGUCAAAUAUGGAUCAGCCCACAGAGAAAGGCCCAUUGUUGAAUGCCAAACAAAUAUGGAUCAUUCAUAUUUGGUA